AUGGUCGGACUAGCUUCAGGAGUAACUGGACGCACGGUGUCCAUGAUGUCAGCAGCUCUCCAGACGGCAUUAACCCCUACACCGCACCUGGCGGUUCUGCACCAGCAGCGUUUAUACAUCCUCUCCGCCCUCCAGCGCACCCACAUAAUCAUCGACAGUGCCCGCGCGCGACUCAACGCCAUCGACAACGCCUUGUCGGGAAACAAGCGCCAAUCUUCCACCACCGUCCCAAGCCGCCUCUCGCAGUCACACUGCUCGCAUCGCCCCUCUCGCCCCUCCUCCUCAACCCUUUCCAGCGACCCGUGCGACACGGCCCCCAGAGCGCCAGCAGACCGGACUGCCGACGAUCAGCCGCACGACAUUGCCAGUCCGAACCAGGAACAACGGAAUCGUCUUUCCCGCGCGACCAAGAAAAAGCUUCAACACAGCCGCUGGCGAGCUCGUGGUACCUUGCGCAACUGCACCGCGGAGGAGCGCGCCCUGCUCGAGAGCCUACGAACAGUACAAGACCAGAUUCUCCAGCUACAGGACCUUGCUUUACGGGAUUCGACCAGCUUACUGACCAUGCCUGGACCGAUGGCUCAAACCGACUUCGGAACUAACCCCUGGAUGUCCGGAUGGGCCGUCGAGUUUGGCGAGAAGACCGCGCCGCUUGGAUGCGGGUUUGGUCCAGGUGACUGCGCGCCAGGGAUGGCUGCACCAAACGGGGCCAUGUGCCCCGCCGUCGACGGCGACGCAAAGCAGAAUAGCAACAAUCCCAGGGCCGAUACCUGGAUGAGGGACAGCGGUAUGCCUCAAAACGGCAAUACAAUGCCGAUCUUCAACCCGCAGCUCAUGCCUUUCGACCACACAGCAGUGAAUCCCCAGCUCCAAAUCAACACGGCCUUCAACCAGGGCCAGUUCGCCGCCCAGCUCCAGGCCGCCUACGCCCAGCAAUUCAUAUACUCACCCGUAAUCACUUCCCCGCUCCUGCUCGACUCUGAAACCACCGCCGAGGACCUGUACGACUGGCAGAACGGCGACGAGGCCGGCGACCCCUACGGCUGCGUCGACCCUUCAUCCACCCAAUACAACGCCGACCCCUACAGCUCUUUCUCCUACUCCACCGGCGGCUCCUUCUCUUACCCCGAACCCAUCGCCUCCCCGAUCGAGCCCGCCCAAUCCAGCACCCAGAACUCGGGCGAACCGUGCCGCUCCCCCUUCCCCGAAUCCUGGGACCUCGCCACCGCCCUGCGCGUCGGCCGCAGCCCGCCGGCGGACGAGGGGUCGCCGAAGAUCGACGGCGUCAUCGCGAACGGGUCCGGCACGCCCGGCCGCCCGGCGCCGCGCAGACGCCACGUACGGCAGCUGUCGGCGCUGACUAGCCCGCGCGGCAGCCGCGUGUACCACAUCGACGACUUGGUGCCCGAUCACCAGCAGCCACGGCCGAGGAGCGGCGCGGGCCCGGGUCCGUGCGAGGAUAGGAGCGCGGCCGCCGGCGGCACCGCUGCAGACCGCAGGGGCUCGGUGGUUGUUCAGAGCGCGGAGGUCGGGCGCGACAUGGGUUUCGGCGGCUGGUUGGAGAAGCCGCAGUGGGCAGACCAAGUUGCGGAGGAGGAGGAGGAGGAGCAGCAGCAUGAGCAGGAGCAGCAGGGGGGCGAUGGCCGUCAUCAGACGACGGUGAACAACAGCAACAACAACGACAACAAGUGGAAGGGCAAGGGCAAGGCGCUGGAUCCGACCAGCCCGACGUUCGUCCCCGGCGCAGGCUUCUUCGCACUGCGCGCGCCGGCGGUCAAUGCGGCCCCCGCCGCCGCCGCCGCCGCCGCUGCCGCUCCUGACGACGACAGGAUCGACAUGUCAUCCUUCACCUUCCCACCGCGGCCAGCGCCCGCCGCGCCGCAACAGGCCGCCGUCGAUCCCAACGUCGCCCCCGACUCGGGCCUGUCGUCCUUCUCGUCCACGGGCGUCGACAGCGCCAUCGACCAGACCAGCCCCAGCGCCGUGGCGGCGGCCGCGGCGGCCGCGGAAAACAAGCGCCGCUACUCGAACGGCUACUCCAGCGCGGCGGUCGACCUGCUGCUCAACCGCUUCCGGGAGAACGCGGCGAACCCGAUCAAGAAGCGGCGGAGCUGGCGGAAGAAUCUGAACCUGAAUGUCAAUGGCGGUCGCGGCACGACGGCGGCGAUGGCGGGGAAGAUGACGGUCAUGGGCGCUGUGGGGGAGGAGGAGAUGGGUGCGGGGCAUGGCCCUGGCCCGGCGGUGGGGUUGGGGCUGGGGAUCGUGUGA